GACUUCAGGCGGCGAAGCGCACGGAGCAGCCGGUCGCUUGGCAACGUUCCGCGCUGCCCAUCAUGUCCUUAAGCUGCAGCCUCUCGCGUCUCCGGACGCAAGUGCAUUUCGUUCUGAAAAAGUCUGUCCACUCGGUGGCUGUGAUCGGAGCCCCGUUCUCACGGGGACAGAAAAGAAAAGGAGUGGAACAUGGUCCUGCUGCUAUCAGAGAAGCUGGCUUGAUGAAAAGGCUCUCCAAUUUGGGCUGCCACCUAAAGGACUUUGGAGAUUUGAGUUUCACUCCAGUCCCCAAAGAUGAUCUGUACAACAACCUGAUAGCAAAUCCUCGCUCGGUGGGCCUCGCCAACCAGGAACUGGCUGAGGUAGUUAGUAGAGCAGUAUCAGGUGGCUACAGCUGUGUCACAGUGGGAGGAGACCACAGCUUGGCAAUUGGUACCAUCAGUGGCCACGCCCGGCACUGCCCAGAUCUUUGUGUGAUCUGGGUUGAUGCCCACGCUGACAUCAAUACACCCCUCACCACUUCAUCUGGAUGUCUCCAUGGACAGCCGGUUUCAUUUCUCCUCCGAGAACUACAGGACAAGGUGCCACAGCUCCCAGGAUUUUCCUGGAUCAAACCUUGUAUCUCUUCCCCAAGUAUUGUGUAUAUUGGUCUAAGAGAUGUGGACCCUCCUGAACAUUUUAUUUUAAAGAAUUAUGAUAUCCAGUAUUUUUCCAUGAGAGACAUAGAUAGACUUGGUAUCCAGAAGGUCAUGGAACAGACAUUCAAUCUACUGAUUGGCAAAAGACAAAGGCCAAUCCAUCUGAGCUUUGAUAUUGAUGCAUUUGACCCUACACUGGCUCCAGCCACAGGAACUCCUGUUGUAGGGGGCCUGACCUAUCGAGAAGGCAUGUAUAUUACUGAGGAAAUACACAACACAGGGUUGCUGUCAGCACUGGAUCUCGUUGAAGUUAAUCCUCAGUUGGCUGCUUCAGACGAAGAAGCCAAGGCUACAGCUGGCCUGGCAGUGGAUGUGAUUGCUUCAAGUUUUGGUCAGACAAGGGAAGGAGGGCACAAUGUCUAUGACCAACUUCCUACUCCCAGUUCACCACAUGAAUCAGAAAAUGAAGAACGUGUGAGAAUUUAGGAAAUACUGUAUGCUGACACGUUUGUCACAAUGGGCAUUCCAGAGUUGUGAAGUUUUUGAGGGGGCAGAUACUACAUGGUCAUUUGGGUCAAUACUGCCUUAAUGAGAACAUUUGCGUAUUCUCACAAUUGUAAAAUUUCCUUUCCCUCUCCAUUUUGGUGACCAAUGAUACUACUGUAAAUGUAUUUGUGGGUUUUUUGGGUUUUUUUUGCAAUUCACAGGGUAUUAAUAUGUUAGAGUACCAUGUAAAUUUAAAGAAGUCAUAAACAGCAUUUAUUACCUUGUUAUAUC